AUGACAAGUAAGGGUGCCCUUGAGGCACUGGACCGGUCACUGAAAGGUAUUAGGGAUUCUACAGCUUCUAUGAGUGGUGUAACUCUAUUGCUUUCAGGAGAUUUCUGGCAAACACUUCCUGUCAUCCCUAAAGGGAGCCAGGCUGACGAAGUGCGUGCAUGCCUUAAGUCAUCGACGUUGUGGCUCCAGGUUAAGACCUUAAGCCUAAGCACAAACAUGUGUGCACACUUGCUUGGUGAUAGCACGUCUGCAGCAUUUGCUGAAGUCAUUUUAACCCUUGGAGAAGGCAAGUUCCCAAGGAAUUAUAGGGGUAACAUAUCCAUCUCUGAACUGUGCAACACUGUGGACAACCCUUCUGAUCUUUCGGAAACAGUGUUCCCCAAUCUGGAAAGUAAUUAUGCAGACAUCAAUUGGCUCAGUGAAAGAACCAUCCUGGCCCCCAAAAACGUAGCUGUCAGGGCUAUCAAGGACCAGCAAUAA